CAGACUGGAGGUGUCAGUGGGUGAGAGGACUCUGAAGAGCGAGCCGCAGUCCUGCCCACUCUUCAUGGGGGCAAAGAGCACCUGAAAAACAGAACUAGGGAGGGGGUUCCGGAUAUAACGAAGUCUUAAGCACAGACGCCUUAGUCAAAGUCUGUCUCUACUUUGUUGCUUUGCAGGCUCUGGGCUCUCCAACAACGCGAGCCCCACAGCUCGGCCCAGGGGACACUUACACUGCAGGCAGAAAGCCGGCCACUAGAGGAUCUCUAACUCACCCCAAGAAACUGAGGGCUGAAGUGAAGAAGCAAAAUGGUGGCCUCGCUUCUCGCUGUCCUACGAACAAGCAGGUUGUGUCAAUGGGGCUGCAAGAACAGGGCGCAGCUGUUAGGGCCCCUGCCAUUUGGUCCCGGUGGCUGGAGCACUUGGGCCCCUAAGCGGGAAAACGCGACUCUGAGCCUGGAGCCCGCGGGGCGCAGCUGCUGGGACGAGCCGCUGAGCAUCUCCGUGCGCGGCCUGGCCCCCGAGCAGCCCGUCACACUGCGCGCCGCCCUGCGCGACGAGAGAGGCGCGCUCUUCCGCUCACACGCCCGUUACCGCGCCGACCCCCACGGCGAGCUGGACUUGGCGCGCGCGCCCGCGCUGGGCGGCAGCUUCGCGGGGCUCGAGCCCAUGGGGCUGCUCUGGGCAAUGGAGCCCGAUCGACCGCUCUGGCGCCUGAUCAAGCGCGACGUCCAGACGCCCUUCGUGGUGGAGCUGGAGGUGCUGGACGGCCACGAGCCCGACGGCGGGCGGCUGCUGGCGCGGGCGGUGCACGAGCGUCACUUCAUGGCUCCCGGGGUGCGGCGCGUGCCCGUGCGCGAGGGCCGUGUGCGCGCCACACUCUUCCUGCCUCCAGAACCUGGGAUCUAUCCUGGGAUCGUGGACCUUUUCGGAGCUGGAGGUGGCCUUCUGGAGUAUCGAGCAAGUCUGCUGGCUGGGAGGGGUUUUGCUGUCUUGGCUCUGGCUUACUAUAACUACGAUGACCUCCCCAAGGGCUUGGAAACCAUGCGCAUGGAGUACUUUGAAGAAGCUGUGCACUACCUGCUUAGUCACCCUGAGGUGAAAGGUCCAGGAAUUGGGAUUCUUGGGAUUUCCAAAGGGGGUGAACUUGGCCUUGCUAUGGCCUCCUUCCUGAAGGGCAUCAAGGCUGCUGUCUUCAUCAAUGGCUCUAUGGCCGCUGUUGGGAACACCAUAUACUACAAGGAUGAGACUAUACCUCCUUUGUCUGUUCUGAGAGAUCAAGUCAAAGUGACCAAAGAUGGCCUCGUGGAUGUUGUGGAUGGGCUUCAAAGCCCUUUGGUAGAGACGAAGAGCAUCAUCCCUGUGGAAAGGUCUGACACCACCUUCCUGUUCCUUGUGGGUCAGGAUGACCGCAACUGGAAGAGCGAGUUCUAUGCCAAUGAGAUCUCCAAACGCUUACAGGCCCAUGGGAAGGAGAAGCCUCAGAUCAUCUGCUACCCAGAAGCGGGGCACUAUAUUGAGCCCCCUUACUUCCCCCUGUGCAAGGCUGGCAUGCACGUCCUGGUGGGUACUAAUAUCACCUUUGGAGGGGAGCCUAAGUCUCAUGCCAUGGCCCAGGUCGAUGCAUGGCAGCAACUCCAGACUUUCUUCCACAAACACUUGUUUUCUCUGUGUAGCCCUAGCUGACCUGGAACUUGCUUUAUAGACCAGGCUGACCUUGAACUUCUGUAGAUCCACCUGCUUCUGCCUCCCGAGUGCUGGAACUAAAGGCGUGAACCGUUCUGCCCAGCAUAAGUUUUUUUCUUUAUGUAAUACAGUAAGUGCCUCUGAAGGACUGCAGACACAGCAGAGGGGUGAUGUGCUUAUCUUUCUGGAAGAGUGAAUAGUGUCCUGAGUUCUUGCCUCGGUGCCAUAAGACAACAAAGAAAUUAAAACUUUCUUCUAAAAGUCAUGCCUGUUUAGCUGGGGAGAUGGCUUAGUGGGCAAGAGUGCUUGCUGCUAAGCUGACAACCCAGGACCCACAUGGGAUAUGAGAACCAGCAAGUUAUCUAUACACACACACACACACACACACACACACAUACACAAACGUGCACACACACUCGCACACACUCAUAAAUAAAAUGUAAGCUACAAAUAGUGCCUCUCCAAAAAGUUCUUUUAUAUUAUGAAUUAAAUGGGAACCUUAAGUAUUAACAUUCUUAUUAAAAUAAAAAUUAGAUUUUUAUAGACAAAA